CGUGGCAACGGCAUCAUGGCUUCUUGGAACCGAUACGGGAGACGUAAGAGACAGAUCGAAAUGUUCUGGUUCUUGUCGUUGGUUGCAGUGUUGUCUGCUCUGCAGGCAGUAAAGGUGUCUCCACUCAUAGAGAAAGUCAGUGACCACAAGGAUUUCAAAAAACUUCUCAGAACCAGAACUAAUGUUCUUGUCCUGUAUACUAAGUCAGCUACAUCUGGAAAUGCUCAUCUGAAGCUGCUGUCUGAUGUUGCUCAGACUGUGAAAGGUCAGGGCACCAUCGCUUGGGUCAACUGUGGCGAUUCAGAAGGCCGCAAACUCUGUAAAAAAGUCAAGGUAGACCCUAGCUCGAAAACCAAAGGAGUGGAGAUCCUGCAUUACAAGGAUGGGAACUUCCACACAGAAUACAACAGACCAGCCACAUUUAAGUCCAUGGUGGCGUUUCUAAAAGACCCCGCCGGUGCCCCCCUGUGGGAGGAGAACCCUGAGGCUAAAGACGUUGUUCACAUUGAGACGGAGAAGGACUUCAGGAAGCUGAUGAAAAGAGAGGAGAGGCCCAUCCUCAUGAUGUUUUACGCCCCAUGGUGUGGUGUGUGUAAAAGGAUGCAGCCAAUUUUUCAGCAUGCAGCCACUGAGACAAAAGGGAAAUAUGUGCUGGCGGGGAUGAACGUGCACCCAGCGGAGUUUGAUGGGCUCAAACAGGAGUUCAAUGUUAAGGGCUACCCAACCUUCUGCUACUUUGAAAAGGGAAAGUUCCUGCAUCAUUACGAGAAUUAUGGAGCCACCUCCAAAGACAUCGCUGACUGGUUGAAAAAUCCCCAGCCUCCACAGCCUAAAACUCCAGAGGUGCCCUGGUCAGAGUCGGACUCGGCGGUAUUCCAUCUGACGGAUGAAUCCUUUGAUACCUUCCUGGAGGAGCAUCCUUCGGUCCUGGUCAUGUUCUACGCUCCCUGGUGUGGACACUGUAAGAAGAUGAAGCCAGAGUAUGAUGAAGCUGCUGAGAUGCUCAACAAAGAUCCAGAUAGCCCAGGUGUAUUGGCAGCAGUGGACACUACCAUUCACAAGUCCAUUGGAGAGCGCUUUAAAAUCUCAGGAUUUCCAACAGUGAAGUACUUUGAAAAAGGAGAAGAGAAGUACAUACUUCCACAGCUCCGCACCAAAGACAAGAUUAUCGAGUGGCUGCAGAAUCCCCAGGCACCACCUCCUCCAGAGAAGUCGUGGGAGGAGAUGCCGUCCAGUGUGAGCCACUUAGGAGCUGAAGAUUUCAGAGAAUCUCUGAAAAAGAAGAAACAUGCCUUGGUCAUGUUCUAUGCUCCAUGGUGCCCGCACUGCAAAAAUGCUGUCCCUUAUUUCACGACAGCAGCCGAACUUUUCAAAGAGGACCGCAAGAUCGCAUAUGCUGCAGUCGACUGCACGAAGGGACAGAACCAUGAGUUGUGUAAACAGGAAGGGGUUGAGGGCUACCCAACAUUCAACUAUUACAACUAUGGCAAGUUCAGUGAGAAAUACAAUGGGGAAAGAGGGGAGGCCGGUUUUACAGGCUUCAUGCGAAAUCUCAGGGGCCGAGACCAGGAGAAAGUUGGCAAACGGAAAGAGGAGCUCUAAUCAUGUGGGAGUGCUACUAUGCGCGAGAGGAGCCAGUAACUGCACUGUGACUUGGGCAGAAACAUCCCAGCACUGAUGUCACAGACUUGAAAACCUCAGCUAAAAAGGCUAUUUUUUAUACAUCUUAUGUUUUCUAAUAAUAAUGUACAACCAUCAGACCACUUCAGACUUUGCAUUUUGUUUUGUUUUAUUUUUUGUGAAAUUGUUCCCAAAUACUGUGACUUCAGUUACUGAAAUCUAUGCAAUACUGGGCCUUUGUUCCCCAGGGGGCCCGUACAUGUGAUGGGUAACUGGUGUUUGUGGAGAAAGCCAGUUAUCGCCAGGAUGCAUUGUCAUCACUCCCAUUCCAGUGAGGAGGGAUCAUGUGUACAAUCGGAUCUGCAAAUAUUUUUGUAUUAAAAAGGGAGAAAAAAAGCAGAGGGAGAAAAUUGUUGUAGCUCAACUUUGUGGCCUUAAAUGUUUGGAUAACUCUGUUGUCCAAACUGUGCAGUGCAUAUUUGACCCUAUUUUGUGGAUAAAGUAGGGCCAUGUAUAAAUAACAUGUAUUCACAUGUAUUCAAGCAAGUAGUUUUUCUUUUCCUUGACUUACAUUUCUUUGUUGGUUGUGACAGAGUAAUAUUACAAAACAAACCUGGAAAAUGCCACAUAAAAUUAUGUUUCCAAAAAUGACGAUUCCAAUUCUGGGCCCUUCAUGUUCUAUUGUAACAAUGUUCCAUGUAUGCGCCAAAGUCUUGUCUGGUUUGUAUGUCUAGUCUGGUUAUUAAGUCUGACUGCUGCUGUAUCCUCCCUCUCCUGAAUUACAAAGCCAUUCUAGAUCUUUA